AUGUAUGGACUCCCUGGCGACCCUCAGAGUACACGAUUGAAUCGCAACGCGACAGAGACGCGAAUUCACUGCCUAUGGAAUCAUCUCAUUGAGACUGCCUCAGCCUCAACCGGAUCACUUCUCAUUUGGGACUCGGGAACAUAUAGCAUCCUCCCCCGUCAAAGCAAGCAUGCCCCAACGACUGAUCCGUCCUCUCCAGCGUCCUCACCAGGUCCAUCGUCCGCGCCAACACAGCAAGCUCUUCUGCACGCCGCUUUUCAGAAUCGUAAAAUCCGCAUUCGACUGCAUGGAUCGCGCUUACCAGAUCCAUAUGUUCUAAACAUUCGUUUAACCAGGUCAGAAGAUGUUGCCGGUAAAGUAAGGAGAGAAAAAACAAAUCGGAAACGACGACGUCGUCAUGCCCAGGCAGAGACGCAACCUGAGACAAGUGAUGAGGACAGUGAGGGUGAUGCGAGUAAGGAUGUCCCUCCAAACACUGAUGCGGGAACCGAUGCAGACGACCUUUCCGCCAUGGAGCGUGAGCUACGUGAGCUUGAAGACGAAGAGGUCCGCAGAACAAAUGCGUAUACGGGGGCUUCUAAUACCAUCGGUAGUGUACACCAACGACGAUGGUAUCUUUCACUUGACCGCCCGGCUUGUGGGUUUGUGGAAGAAAUAAUCAAGAACCGCUCAGUUUGGAAACUCGGAGACGGCACGGAGACUAAGAACAAACAGAAUGACAACGGACGCUUGUCAUACCCAUUCUACGUCCGGGGGCCAGAUCAUGAGCGUAGUGUAUUAACAGGACGGCUAGGAGCUGAUGUUCUCCGAGACGAGGGCGUGGAUAAAUUUAUUCAGCGUAAAGGCUGGAAGCCAGUGCUGAAAUGA